UACUAGUUAAGUUUUGUGCUAAUUUAAUUAAAUAACUUUUCUAUUUAAAUAAUUUUAAAUAAAUCAUGAUUUAAAUAAUUCAAUGUCCAUCAUCCAGUCACACUCCAGGUGAUGGUCAAACAGUUAUGUUACCUGUAACUGCCUGCUCUGGCUGAUGAUCAUAGGGCUCUCCCUCACUCUCUGAGUCUCCCUCUGCCUCAUCUUGAAUGAAGGCAUUAUCAAUGCAAUUUCAUUAUUAUUACUGAUACUACAUUACUGCUAUACAACACACACACACACACGCAGGCACACACAGCUAUGCUAUAUGCAACAAGUUUAUAAUUACAUUUAUAAUGAUAAAUUAUAUAUUUUUAGAAGAACCAUACUUCACAAGAGUUGUGAAUAAAGUGUGACAAAUUGCUUGCUAAAUGUUUUGGUAAACAAUUUACCUGCUGGCUUGCUGGAGGUUUGAAACCAGCUAUAUAGCUAAAUAGCGGAGUGGAGUGCGGAGUGUCUGGGAGAGACUGCGGCUGCUGGGGGCGAGCGAGAAAAGUAAAACCCGGAGUGGAGUUGAAAAAACUUUAGCGUUGUCUAAGGGCACCUCGGCCUGUAAAGGCAAAUGUGCAGUGGCUCAAACCCUUUACCUCAAAAUGUAAAACCCAAAGUACAUAACUUUUUCAGUUUAUAUACUAUUACGUUGGAACCUAGAUUUAACAUUUUAUACAUUUGUAAUCCAACAGUUCCCCCUUUGAGAGUUCUAAUAACUCUCACAAAAUACAAAUUUAAACACUUCAUUCUUGUAACUUAUGAUCGUUACAGGCACAUAGCACUUGUUCUGUUGUUGAUUGUCUGUAGUGACAAAUGGCUCAAAUGACAAAUGCUGACAUAUAAACACAGGCAAAGGUCUUCCUAUUUGUUCAUCUGAUUGGGAAGAAGGUGAUGAGGUUUAUGUGUCAGUUCUUCCAGUUUCCUUUGUUUAAGCAACAGAAGUAAUGACUCCAAAUCCCAGCUCAGGCUCUCUGACUGCUGGAAAUGUGAAAAUCUGUACAGUUUUUCACUGACAUCAGGAUUUACUCUAGUAUUUAAUGUACAGCUUUGUUUUGUCCACAACUGUGUAAUAUGAGACUCUAUCUGUGACAUUUAGACCUGUGACACUGAAUGCUGGUCUUAGAUAACACUUCUUUCCCUAUGGAAAACAGGAGUCUUUAUUGUUAUAGUUGCAGACUGCAGCGUGAAGUCUUGAUUUGCACAUCAGUCCAACACUGGAGAGCAGUGCUACUUUUAAUUUGCCAAGAAAAUGCAUUCAAAGAGUCACAGUGCACUUCUCCUCGCAUUGUAAGGUUUAUUUUUAUAAGGUAAUAUUUGUGGACUUGAACACAUCAUGUAGAUCUUCCUUUAUGAGUACAAUACUCUGUAGCUGUUUGUAGAAACAUCAUUUUGAAAUCAUUAUGAUUAAGAUGCCUCUACAUUUUCCUCUGGUUUCCCAAUUUUAUCUCACUGCCCAAAAAUGCUGCCAAGAAGAUGCAGUGAUGAUUUUAUAAAGCAGCCAUAAUAAUAUUGUACAUGUUGAAUGUUGCAUCUGAUUAUUGGCACAUGGCUAUUCCACACUAAAGGAACCUGAAGAACUCCUUCACUUCCUUUCUGUGCUGAAAUCUGAGGAAGACGGGGCAGAAUGUGGUUUUGUUAAAACAAGGAGUCUGGUGUCUAAGUUAAAGUAAUAUGGAAAACUGUCUGUGUCACGUGUCAGAAUCUUUCCAGGAUUAAAAGGACAGGUGAAGUAACAGAUAAGAUUUGAGAGAGUUGUGUGCAAGCAGUGAAGAUCCAAAACAGAGUUACUUAAGACACAGCAGCCUUCAGAUUUUUAUAUUAAAGCUAGCGGUUCAUCAUGACGCUGAAUCUUUUUCUUCUCCUGAAUUUUACUGGUCUGGUCCCAGUUGCUAUCCUGCGAACCAUCCUUCACAAAUAUGACCUGAUGAUGACACAGGUGAGCUGGCCUGUUGCACAGAAUUACUGCAGGGUGACCUACACUGACCUGGCAACAGUCGUAAGUGAUAGUGAUUGGCUAAGAUUUAAGAACGAAGCUGCAAACAAACAUCUGGCAGCAAAUGCUUGGGUCGGACUGUACAAUGAUAUCAAUAGCUGGCGCUGGUCCUUAAACGAUCUCCCACUGAAGAAUGUCACUUAUUCCUGCUGGGUCUCUGGACAGCCUGAUAAUCUGUAUGGAAAUGAAGCCUGUGGUAUCAUUGGUUAUUAUAAUGCAUGGUGGGAUGUACCAUGUGCAGGACUAAGACCUUUCAUCUGCUACAAUGCAAAUUUCAGUGGUACUGCUAGAUUUAUCGGCAUCGCUACUUCUAUGAGCUGGCCUCAAGCUCAGGCUUACUGUCGAACACAUCACACAGACUUGGCCAGUGCUCUUAACAGUUCAGACAACAAUAUGUUAGUGCAGAUAAAGAAUAUCCAGGGUGAUUCCUGGAUUGGGCUCUACAGAGACACAUGGAAGUGGUCAGAUGGGACAAUCGCUUCAAACCUACUAUGGUAUCCUGGACAACCUGAUAAUUAUGGAGGAGUUGAGAACUGUGCAGUAGUUUAUAAUGGACUGUUCUAUGAUGCACCCUGUGCCAACCUGUACUAUUUCUUCUGUCAUUCCAUUACCAUUAAGAGGAGUCAGACAAUGAGACUGCAGGUGAUGUCUGAUGGCAGUGUGUUUGAUCCUGUUGUGCAGUUGUCCAUUUUAGAGCAGAUGAAGCAGAAACUGAAAGAAAAAGGCAUGUUGGAGAACACCACCGUGACCUGGAGGCUGCAGCCAGAUGGAAACAUCUUCCAGAAGAUAAAGGAUGACCUGUAACAUCUAAAUGCUCACCUUCAAGUCAAGCAGAUUGUAAACUGACUGAAAUUUAUUUAAGGUACAAUAUUUAAGCUUUAAGUAGUAGGGGGCAUCAGAGGACAAGAUUAGCCAGAAGUAGAUAAACACACACUGUAUUGUACAAAUUGUAUUGCUCUGUUUGUAACAGAGCAUCAGCAUGUCAUAGUAAAGAAUAAUUCCUAUAUAGAAUAUAGAGAAUGUAAUAGAAUCUGUAAAUACACUGUGUGUAGUUUGAACAGUCAGAUAUAAUGCACUUGCUACUGUUAUUGUCAUUUUUUCUACUUCCUAUUUAAAUAUAUUUUCUUAUUUCUUGCAUUUUAUUAGGUUUUCUGUA